ACGGUAAUAUGGAGCAUCCCGUCCCAAGCGUUCCGUCGUGAGACGGGAACGCCUGGGAACGAGGUAUAUUCGUCGAGCGGUGACCGAUAUCAUAUCAGACGACAACUCCCUUUUCUCAAUUAUGGAGCGUAAAGUUGCCCGAGAAUUUAGACACAAGGUAGAGCUGCUGAUCGAGAAUGAAGCAGAGAAGGACUACCUUUACGAUGUCCUCCGGAUGUAUCACCAGUCGAUGGAUCUGCCCGUGCUGGUGGGGGACCUGAAGCUGGUGAUCAAUGAGCCAAAGCGUCUGCCGCUGUUCGACUCCAUCCGGCCCCUCAUCCCCCUCAAACACCAGGUCGAGUACGACAUGCUGACGCCCAAGAAGUCCCGGAAGCUGAAGGAGGUGCGUCUGAACCGGACCCAUCCCGACGGCCUGGGGCUGAGCGUCAGAGGAGGCCUGGAGUUCGGGAGCGGACUCUUCAUAUCCCAGAUCGUCAAGGACGGCCAGGCCGGGAAUGUGGGCCUUCAGAUCGGGGAUGAGAUCGUUCGCAUCAACGGUUACUCCAUCUCCUCCUGUAUCCACGAGGAGGUCAUCAACCUGAUUAAGACCAAGAAGACCGUGUCGCUCAAAGUCAGGCAUGUGGGCAUGAUCCCGCUAAAGGGGUCGUCAGCUGAACCCCUUAAAUGGCAGUUUGUGGACCAGUUUGUGUCUGAGUCAGGGGAGAAGAAGACCAGUGUGGCUGGCCUGGCCUCUAUGGGCGGGCGGGAGAUCAAGGAGAAGAAGGUGUUCUUCAACCUGGUGGGGACCAUCGGGAUGGGCAUCAGCAUCUCCAGUGGGCCCACCCAGAAGCCCGGCAUCUACAUCAGCAACGUCAAGGCCGGCUCCGUCUCCGCCGAAGUGGGACUAGAGAUGGGGGACCAGAUUGUGGAGGUGAACAGUGUGGAUUUCACAAAUCUGGACCACAAAGAGGCUGUGAAGGUCUUGAAGAGCAGCAGGAGUCUGACCAUCACUGUCCUGACCGGGGCGGGGCGGGAGCUGUUCAUGUCGGACGAGGAGCGGCUGGCGGCGGAGGCGCGCCGGGAGCUCGACCGCCAGGCCGUCAUGCAGCAGAAGAGGGUUGCCAUGGAGACCAACAAGAUCGUCAAAGAGCAGCAGGAGAAGGAACGACAGAAUAUCUCCAUUGUACUCGAACAUCUCUUGCACGGCGUCAACGGGGAUCAACAGAAACUAGCACCCAGCCCGCCCAAUCAGAGGCGUGCGAUGGGCCACGUCAUGUCCAAGCCCGUCAUGCUGCCCCAGACCCGCGCGCAGACCCGCCCCGACCCGCCGCAGCUGCACGCCCUGCGGUCCGACGGCCUGGGUUUUCAGAAAUACGAAGAUGAGUUUGAUCCAUACUCGAUGUUCUCUUCAGAGCAGAUCGAUGGUCGAGACGUCAGACUGCUCAGGAUCAAAAAGGUGGGGAACCUGGACAUAGCGCUGGAGGGCGGGGUGGACUCCCCUCUGGGGAAGCUGGCGGUGUCAGCCGUGUACGAGGGGGGCUCUGCGGACAAACACGGUGGCAUCGUGCCAGGUGACGAGGUCAUGGCGGUGAACGGGAAGAUCCUGAUCGACGCUACGCUAACGGAGGGUCAGAACUCCCUGGCCAGAGCCUGGAACAGCGGCGGGGAUUGGAUUGACCUGGUGAUCACAGUCUCCCCUCCAAAAGAUUAUGAAGAUGAAGUAACAUUCUUCUAAUCACUCCAUCGCCAGUCAGCCAAACAAAACAAGCAUCUCUUCACUUCCUGGGAGUACUUUAUAUUGUCACCUCAGACUUGAACAACACUACAACGAAUAUUAAUAAAACAUGGAAUGUGUGCAGAUUUUUUUGUACAUCUUGAGAUCAAUUAGUUGAUUGUUAUUUGUGGAUUUUAAUUUAUAACUGACGUACUUGAAUAAUGAAGAGGGUUUAUAGGCUACUGUAAGCCACGCCUUCUCCUAAUUGAAGGCUAAACAGUCGAAUCUUGACCGGAAGUCCUGGAGCUUUUCAAAAGCACAGCAAAAGCAAUAAGUAGUCACAGGAACUGACCCGGUAUCCAAUAGCCUACUGUUCUUUUCUCAACUCUGUGCAUUUUAUUCUGUCUACUAAAAUAAACAAAGAUGCCAUUAUCA